CUGGACGCCCAUCAGUCAUAUCUUGAGCGUUCAGCAUGCCCUCCUUUAUACGCUCCUCAUUAUGCGCGGCGACGCUGGCCGCCGUUGCCUAUGCCUCGCCGUUGUCGACGAGUCACUCGACUGAGCGCCUAGAGCGCUCGUCGCUGCAGGUCGCGCCGUUCCACGUCGCGGAGCAGAAGCCCAUCGACAACUCGUACAUCAUCAUGCUCAAGCCGGACCUCCAUCCCGCGCUGCUCGAGAACCACCUCAACUUCCUCCAGGCGGCCCACAACGAGGACCCCCUGUUGGAGGACCUCUCCGGUGUCCAGCAGGUGUACGACGGCCACGUCAAGGGCUACUCGGGUCGGUUCACGGACCGCCUCGUCCAGCAGCUCCGCACGAUGCCCGAGGUCGACUACGUUGAGCAGGACCAGCUCGUCCACACCAUGGACAUCGACGUUGGCGAGUAUGACCUUCAGGAGUUCGACCUUCAGAAGAACGCCACCUGGGGUCUCGCGCGUAUCUCCCACCGCGACCGCCUCCGGUUGAGCACCUUCACCAAGUACGAGUACGACCCCACGGCGGGCGAGGGCGUCGACGUGUACGUCAUCGAUACCGGCAUUAACGUGAACCACGUGGAGUUUGGCGGCCGUGCUUCCUGGGGCAAGACCAUUCCCCAGAACGACGUUGAUGAGGACGGCAACGGCCACGGCUCGCACUGCGCCGGCACCAUCGCCUCCCGCUCGUACGGUGUCUCCAAGGCCGCGAAUGUCAUUGCCGUGAAGGUCCUUGGCUCAAACGGCAGUGGUUCGAUGUCGGACGUCGUUGGCGGUGUCGUUUGGGCCGCUACCCAGGCAUCCGAGAAGGCUGCUAAGGCUGCUGCCGAGUACGCCGCGACCGGCCGCACUUCGCACAAGGGCUCCGUCGCCAACAUGUCCCUUGGCGGUGGCAAGUCGCGUGCCCUCGACGAUGCCGUCAACCGUGCUGUCGACGCUGGCCUGCACUUCGCUGUUGCUGCUGGCAACGACAACCGUGACGCGUGCUCGUACUCCCCUGCUGCUGCGGAGAAGGCCGUCACCGUCGGUGCUUCGACCUUCUCGGAUGAGCGCGCGUACUUCUCCAACCACGGCAAGUGCGUUGACGUCUUUGGUCCUGGCCUGAACAUCAAGUCGACCUACAUCGGCUCGAACAACGCCAUCGCCACCCUCUCCGGCACCUCCAUGGCGUCCCCGCACGUCGCCGGUCUCCUCGCGUACCUGCUCUCCAUCUACCCGUCCGCGUCGUUCAACCCGAACGUCGAGGACAAGGUGCUGUUCAGCGACGCGCCGCUCGCCCAGGCCCAGAAGACGUUCUUCUCGGUCGCGCGCAACAUCCUUUCCAACUUCCUCCCCAUCGCCCCGUCCGCUGAGCUCUUCGCGCCCAUCCCCAAGGAACCGAAGACCCUCACUCCGGCGCAGCUGAAGCAGGCUCUCCUCGACCUCUCCACCCAGGGUGUCUUGGAUGACCUCCCGUCGGGUACCCCCAACCUGCUCAUCUUCAACAACGCCACCUCGGCGUAAGGGAGAUGUGGGCUGUGGCGGAUGGAGCCGGGUCGCUCUUAGGAGUAACGGAAUGGCUUGCAUCUGCAGUCGGUAGCAUUCGAGGUUAAUAGGCAUGCACCUCUUGUGAGGGGCGUACCAACUAUCUACACCAUCUAGUGCUACGCUACAUUUGUACGACCUCACGAUCUCUUCAUACCUCGCCUCCGACCUUGUACUACUAGCAAUCAUAUCUCAGCAUUUAGACCUGGAA